AUGUAUUGUGUACAAGAGUAGGUUGGAGAGUUGUAUAAGAUUUUGUCUUUAUCCAAUGAGGUUGAUGUUGUAGUCCUCCCUAUCCUCAUAGAGACAUUAAAAAAGGAGAGAAUUUAAGACUGCCUAAAAUUUCUCUAAGAAGAUCAAAACAAAUUCCUUUUAGAAAUAAAGAGUUAAAAGAUAGAAAACUAAUCUCUGCUUGAAAAAGUAUAGACUCUUAAUGGAGAGAAGAACAUUAAGAUAAUAACAGGUGUCCUCAAAACAUUUAAGGAUCAUGACUUUAAUACACAGAAUUACUCUAUGAAUGAUUAUGAAGAAUUUAAAAAGAUCUAAUCAAAAAAAUAUCAUUGAA